CAACCCCUCGACGGUUGAGGCGUUCUUGGGCAAGUCUCCGCCCAGCCUCCUCCCAUCCGACCAUCUACUAGGCAGACAUUGGUGGAAUCAAGGUACCUCGACCGUCGACGUUUGUCGGCCGUUCGUGUUACCUCCCCUUCAAGCUAGGAUAGCGAGGGGUAAACCUGCACCGCAAUAUGGGGCAAAAGACGGGGAACGAGCACGGACCGAGUCAUCACGAGCGGGAGAAAGAUGGUGUCAUUGUGGGACAGGGACAGGAACGGCGUGGUGCGCAGCAGGGCCUGAAGACAAUGUGAGCGGCUCUCCAGGCUGGAGUAUAUGAGCUCUUGCGUUCCCGGGUUCCUGGGUUGCUGCUGCUGUCCACGACUGACAUUUGGAUCUUCUUUUGGCUAGGAUGAAGAGUCUUUUGAAGUUUAGCAGUGCGGUUGCGCUGUCUUGUCUUGCCAUUGAGUCUGCUGCGAGAGCGGUAGGGUAUUCGCCUCAUGAAUUGAUCAAGCCGUAUAAGAGAGCGCCCCUACAAGACAUUGUAACGUGGGAUGAGCACUCACUCUUUGUGCACGGCGAGCGAAUCUUUUUGUACUCUGGCGAAGUUCAUCCGUACCGACUACCUGUCCCCGAUCUCUACCUUGAUCUAUUCCAGAAGAUCAAAGCCCUUGGCUUCAAUGGCGUAUCGUUUUACGUUGACUGGGCGUUGCUGGAGGGCAAACCAGGUGUCUACCGCGCAGAAGGCGUCUUCGAUUUACAGCCUUUCUUUGACGCAGCCACGAAAGCCGGCAUCUACCUAAUCGCCAGACCCGGGCCGUAUAUCAAUGCCGAAGUAUCCGGCGGAGGCUUUCCGGGAUGGAUCCAAAGAAUCAACGGCACGCUAAGGACGCGAGCCACGGACUUUUUGGAAGCAACAGACAACUACAUUAAGCAUGUUGGAGCUACGAUAGCUGCAGCACAGAUUACCAAUGGUGGUCCGAUUAUACUGGUGCAGCCUGAGAACGAGUACACCCAAGCGACAUCCGCCAUUAAGCCCUUCCCGGAUCCAGUGUAUAUGCAGUACGUCGAAGAUCAGUUGCGUAAUGCCAGUAUUGUUGUGCCGUUUAUCAGUAAUGAUGCGUCGGCCAAGGGGAAUAAUGCGCCUGGUCAACCUGCUGCUGUUGACAUUUACGGACAUGAUGGAUAUCCAGUGGGAUUCGAUUGCGCCAAUCCAAGUGUCUGGCCAGAUGGCAAGCUACCCACGAACUGGCGUCAGCUGCAUGAGCAGCAGAGCCCGAAUACCCCUUACUCCAUCGUUGAAUUUCAAGCCGGUAGCUUUGAUCCUUGGGGCGGCCCGGGCUGGGACAAAUGCUCAGUCCUCGUCAAUGCCGAGUUCGAGCGCGUCUUCUACAAGCAACUCUACAGCUUCGGUGUCACAAUUCUCAAUCUGUACAUGACGUGGGGCGGCACAAACUGGGGCAACCUGGGGCAUCCCGGAGGCUACACCAGCUACGACUACUCAGCACCCAUUCGCGAAGGCCGUGAAGUGGACCGUGAGAAGUACUCGGAGCUGAAACUACAGGCGAACUUUUUUAAGGUCAGCCCAGCCUAUCUGACUGCUGCGAGAGGCAACGCUUCGAACAGUACUUGGACAACAACCACCGAUUUGACUGUCACGCCGGCUUCUGGGGAGAAGACUAAAUUCUACUUUGUAAGGCACUCGAAGUAUAAUUCGCUCGCGUCAACGAGCUAUAAGCUGAAGCUUCCGACAACAGCCUUUGGCAACAUCACGGUGCCGCAGAUUAAUGGCACAUCGCUUACGCUCAACGGACGCGAUUCAAAGGUUCACGUUAGCGACUACGAUAUUGGAGGUGCAACGCUCGUCUACUCCACUGCGGACAUCUUCACGUGGCACAAGUAUGUGGAUAAGACUGUGUUGGUCGUAUACGGCGGUCCUGGCGAGACUCACGAGCUAGCUCUUGCAGUCACCGGACUAGAAGUCUUGGAAGGCGAGGUGAAGAGCAUCUCCACGCGCGGAUAUACCUUGUUGAACUUCAAGGCGGACGGUACGAGGAAGGUCGCAAAGGUUGGAGUGGAAAGCAACUUUGUCUACGUCUACAUGCUUGACCGCAACGAAGCCUAUAACUACUGGGCUGUCGACCAGGCUGCCCAUGACUCGUCAAAUCCCGUUAUACUCAAAGCGGGUUACUUGACACGCACGGCAAAGGUCACCGGCGAUACGCUGGACCUCACAGGCGACUUGAACGCCACAACGCCCAUUGAGAUUCUCGGUGGCGCGCCCGCUUCCCUCUCCAAGUUGACUUUCAACGGUAACGAGGUUGACUUCAAAGUUUCCAAAGCAGACGUCGUGACCGCCAACAUCGACUAUCCAAAGCCCAAGUUCACGGUCCCGCAACUCAGUGAGCUUGAGUGGAAGUACAUCGACUCGCUCCCCGAAAUUCAGUCUAGCUAUGACGACAGCAAAUGGACAAAGGCAGAGCUCAAGAAGACUUUCAACUCCCUGCGAGCACUGACUACCCCUGUAUCGCUCUACAGCUCAGACUACGGGUACCACACCGGGACCCUACUCUACCGCGGUACAUUUACGGCGACCGGCAACGAAACAACAUUCUACCUCUCCACACAGGGUGGCUCCGCAUUCGGAUCGUCCGCCUGGGUAGGCGACCAAUUCUUGGGCUCGUGGCGCGGCUAUGACGCUGCUACACACGGCAACAACACAUUUACGCUCCCGAAUCUUACCAAGGGAAAGACAUAUACGAUCACAGUAGUGAUUGAUAACCAAGGUCUAGAUGAAAACUGGACCAUUGGUACUGAGACCAUGAAGAAUCCACGCGGCGUGUUGGACUACAAGCUAUCUGGCCAUGCCCAAUCCGACGUGACAUGGAAGUUGACAGGCAACCUAGGCGGAGAAGACUACCUCGACAUAACGCGCGGCCCGCUGAACGAGGGCGGCCUGUUCGUCGAACGCCAGGGCCUGCACCUCCCCGGCGCUCUCUCGUCAAACGCAGACUGGAAACCGAGUAAAGGCCCCGUGACAGACGGCCUCGCGGCGCCGGGCAUCGGAUUCUUCGCCACGGAAUUCAAGCUCAGUCUUCCCUCGGACUACGACAUCCCGCUGAGCUUUACCUUCUCCAACAGCACCACUGCAAACAAUUCGACCGGCUCCAGCGUCCCCGCGUACAGAGUCCAACUCUACGUCAACGGCUGGCAGUACGGCAAGUUCGUUAGCAAUGUGGGCCCGCAAACGAAAUACCCCGUUCCAGAGGGUAUUCUGAAUUAUCGCGGGACGAAUUAUCUUGGCGUCAGUCUGUGGGGGUUGGAUGGUGGGAAGACGAAGAUUGAGGGGCUGGAGUUGAGUGUUGAUGGGUUGGUGUGGAGUGCCAUUGGGGAAGUGAGGACUGUUGAGGGACAGAAGUAUGAGGGUAGGCAGGGCGCGUACUGAGAUUCAGACCUUUGGGACGUUAUGAAAUCCUGAUACCUUAGAUAAGCUUUAAGCUAGUAGUGUAUAAGCGAUAAUACGUACAUGAUGUAGCACACGGAGCCCCGAGUGCAUGUAUCGG